UAGUGUUGAUACUUAUGCAGUGCGCAUUUCCCGUUUUAUAAACUUUACUGCUUGCGUCAGUCACAAAAAUUCAAGUGUUCAAGUUUUUUGUAUGUUAUUGAGACUUUUGUGUCAUAGCUAUAUGGUUAUUAACUAAUCUAAGUUUUAUUAUUUUUACUAAUAGUAAUCUGUACUGCAUAACAUUAGUACAUUUUGUAUCACGCGAAAUAACUUUUGGUGAUGUGAUGAGGUGUUUUACUUUAUGUGCCGUCAAAAAGUUUUGAAAGUUGUGCAACUUUUUAAAGUUGAAAUAAGUGGUUGUGCUUUAUAAAAUGUGUGAAAAUAGGUAUGUGGUUGAAAUUGAAAACACGAUUUCUAACUUUUGUGAAGAUAGCAUGGUGUGAAUAACUUCUACACUAGUUGCUGUUGCCCAAAAAAUAUUCGACGGUUUUUCAGUGCAGUGCUUGAUGCGGUGACAGGAUGGACGCGGCGGACAAGCGGAUGUUGGAUCGGGAGGCGCUCCGCAACAUGAUCCAGCAGUGGAACGCCAACCGCCUCGACCUGUUCGAACUCAGCGAACCCAACGAGAACUUGGAAUUCCAUGGUGUAAUGCGUUUCUACUUUCAAGAUUCGGGUCAGAAGAUAGCAACUAAAUGCAUCCGCGUUGCAUCCGACGCUACCGUCAGCGAUGUUAUAGAGACGCUGAUCGAGAAGUUCCGUCCCGACAUGCGCAUGCUCUCGCUGGGCUCGUACUCGCUGUGGGAGACGCACGGGCCGGACGACGAGCGCCGGCUCGAGCCGCACGAGAAGCCGCUGCUGGUGCAGCUCAACUGGCACGCGGACGACCGCGAGGGCCGCUUCCUGCUCAAGUGCCUUACCAACAACGAGGCGAGUGUCGUCGAAAAAGCUGACCAAAACUUUAAACGAAAAUUAUCGAAACGAGAAAAGAAAGAGUUGAAGAAAAAAGAAAAACUCUCUCGGCUUAAGUCCGAUACUAAUGAUGAAAAUCGACCCGUUGCUGAAAAAUUAUAUACAGAGCUUCCCGAGACGUCGUUCACUCGCAGCAUCAGCAACCCCGAGGCGGUGAUGCGACGUCGCCGUCAGCAGAAGCUCGAACGCAAGCUGCAGCAGUUCCGCUCUAAAGAUGGCGGGCCCGACACCGGCGGCACGCUGAAGAUCUACGGCUCGUCGCUGUGCCCCGACGUGCCGUACAAGACGCUGCUGCUGUCGGUGGGCGACACGGCGGCCGGCGUGCUGCGCGAGAUGCUGGACAAGUACGGCCUGGCGCGCCACGAGCCGCUGCACUACUGCCUCGUGCAGGUGGACACAGCUGAUAAUUCAGAAUACAUUCUAGAAGACGACGAGUGCCCGCUCGCCAUCGUGAUGACACAUCCCCACCGCAGUUCCAUCAUGUUCCACGUGCGGCGGCGGCCGUCGGACGCGCAGCCGCGCCGGCGCAAGAAGAAGACUGGUGCAGGCACGGGCAGUGCGCGGCCCGGCAACGAGCCCGUGCUGCUCGAGGUGGCCCCCGACGGCUCCACGCUCGAGAACGGCCGCCGCGUGCGCGUCACCGACGUCGUCGAGGUGGGGUCAGGCAACGGUACAGCGCUGCAGCUGUACGGGCCCUCGAUCCAGUCGCGGCACUGCGUGGUGGCGGCCGCGGACGGCGGCGGCUACACCGUGACGCCGCUGCACGCCGACGCGCACGUCUACGUCAACGGGCGGCGGAUCAUGCACUCGCAGAGGUUGCAGCAUGGCUGCUUGCUCAAGUUUGGUCGAGUGUCAACCUUCCGCUUCGUUGAUCCGGCUCAAGAAAAUCUUAUGAACAGAAACCUAUCCCAGUCACAACACUUCGGUUCCGGCUCCAUAUACGACAGAUCGCCGUCGGGCGAGAACAGCGGCGCAAUGUCGCCGACGUCGCUGGCCUCGCACCCGCCGGACGCGCUCGACGCGAACGCGAACGCGCCCGACGCGGACUACCCGCGCGCCGGCAGCCCCGCCUCGCACGACACGUACGGCUACAACGCCAACGACUCCGCCGCGCCCUACAACAACAACACGCUCAAGCUCGACAACGAGUCGCUCAUGAUGUCGCAGCACAUGGCCGACUCGAAGGACGAGUACAUGCGCGACGAGCACUCGGGCUCGGUGUACGAGCAGGACCAGGGCGCGAACGCGGCCCGCGCGCCCGCCUCGCAUUAUAAGGACAACUACGAGACCACCUUCGACCUAGAGGGUAACGUGGAGACGAAGAGCAUCUGUAGUGCUAAGAGUGGGGGGUCGGGUCACGACAACAGGAGCGGCGUGCUGGGCGCGCGCGGGCAGGAGCCCAUCCUGCCGGCCGUGCUGGAGUUCCCGGAGGCGGGGCAGGCGCAGUUCCUGGCCGCCGUCGUCUCGCGCCUCGACCCGCACGCGCCCGCCUUCAAGCUGGCGCCCGUCUACACGCUCUACCUCUGCGCCAGAUACCGCGCCUCGACUCACUACCGACCGGAACUGACGCCGACGGAGCGCGCUCACAAGCUCACGGCGUUCUUACACCACGUCGCUACUCUUAUCCAUGCCACCGUACAGGAACGGUGUACAGACUCAGCUGCACAGGCGUUUUGGAUGGCGAACGCGAGCGAACUUCUACAUUUUCUAAAAUGUGAUCGACACAUAUCAUCAUUUUCAACGCAGGCGCAAGAUCUUCUACCGACGACCGUCCAAAACGCUUUUAGCAACCUGGUGUCGUGCUUCCAAGAGGAGUUGUCGCGCGCGCUGGCCGAGCUGACGGAGCCCAGCAGCGCGGACGCCACGGAGGCCACGGCGCCCACGCUGCAGGCGCUGGCCGCCGCCAUGGUGCUGCUGCGCCGCUGCCGCGUCAACGCCGCGCUCACCAUCCAGCUCUUCUCGCAUCUCUUCCACUACAUCAACGCGGUGUGCUUCAACAAGUUGGUGACGGAGCCGGGGUCGGUGAGCGCGCGCUGGGGCAGCGCUCUGUCGGCGCGGCUGGCGCUGGUGGCCGCGUGGGCCGAGCGACAGGGCCUCGAGCUGGCCGCCGACUGCCACCUCGCCCGGACGCACCAAGCCGCGCGGCUGAUCUCGGGCACGUACCGCUCGGCGGAGGAGGUGUGCGGCGCGCUGGGCGCGUGCUUCAAGCUGAACUCCGUGCAGGUGCGCGCGCUGCUGGCGCCGCUGCUGCCGCCCGACCUCGUGGACGCGGCCGCCGCGCACGCGCGCGCGCGCGCCGACGAGCUCUACCGCGCCGACGGCCGCGAGAUAACGCUGGAGGAGAGCGUGUGGCUGGGCGCGGCGCUGCUGAUCCCGGGCGACGGGUUCAGCGCGGAGGUGGUGCGCGGCGUGCCGCCCGGGCUGGCGGAGUUCGUGGCGCCGCUGCAGCGCGGCGGGCUGUGCCGCCUGGCGCACCAGCCGCACGCGCUGGGCCUGUGGACCGUGUACAUGCACGGCUACGGCGCGCCGCCCGCGCCCGCGCCGCCGCCCGCGCACGCGCGCCUGCACAUCGUGCAGCUGCAGAAGAACUCCAACGGCAUGGGGCUCAGCAUCGUCGCCGCCAAGGGCGCCGGCCAGAGCAAGCUGGGCAUCUACAUAAAGUCGGUGGUGCCGGGCGGCGCGGCGGCGGCAGACGGGCGCCUGGCGGCCGGUGACCAGCUGCUCUCCGUCGACGGACACUCGCUCGUCGGCAUCACGCAGGAGAAGGCUGCAGAGUAUUUAGUACGAACAGGUCCCACCGUAACGCUCGAAGUGGCAAAACAAGGUGCGGUACUCCACGGAUUGGCGACACUUUUACACCAGCCAGCGUACAACCAGCGCGGGGCGGCGGGCGGGGCGGCGCGGCGCGCGUCGGAGCGCGACCUGCCGGCGCGGCUGGCGGCCGAGCCCGUGAAGCCCAGCAAGAGCACGCCGGCGCUGCACCACGCGCCCGCCGCGCCGGCCGCGCCGCACGCCUCGUGAGUCACUCCACUAGUAUAAUUAACAAACACUCGACGUUCCGGCAGCGGGGCGGGCGGCACGUGGGCGCACAAGUCGCGCAGCAGCCACAACCUGUCGGCGCAGGGCGACUCCUUCUACCAGAACCUGUCCUCCGUGCACGCGCAGCAGCCGCUGCAAGACAGAUGGUCGUCCCUUCGUAGUUCGGGCAGUGGACGACCGCAGUCGGCACAUUUUUCUGCAAAUAAUACGGAUAUAUCUAACGACGCUGGAAGUAUGCAACAAAUCCAGGCAAAUUCUGCGAAUGCAGCUAGUGUAAGAGCAGCUAAACUUGCUGAGAUGUCAGAGGAAGUGACGAGACGUCAACAACAACAGCAACAGUACCAACAGCAUCAAUUACAACAGCAACAGCUACAACACUUGCAGCAACAGCAAAUGCAGGCUCAACAAAAGACGAAUGCAUCGCAUCAUCUAAUGAGCCCGCAGUCGAACCAAGCUCCGAUGCACGUGCAUGCGAGCCCACAGAUAAAUCAUGGACCGACGCAUGUACACGCUAGUCCGCAACUUAACCAGGGUUCGAUGCAUUCACAGAUAAGCUCGCAACCGAAUCAGGCCCCAAUGCAUGUGCAUGCGAGUCCUCAAAUGAACCACGGUUCGAUGCAUGUACACACAAACCAGCAACCGAAUCAGGGCCCUAUGCACAUGCAUCCAAACUCGCAGCCGAACCAAGGUGCUAUGCACGUACAUACGAACUCGCAUUACGGGCCGCCGCACCAUUCCCCGCAAAUGCCGCAUGGAAUGCAUCUAAACAUGCACACGCAAUACGUGCAUUCGCAAAAUCAGGCACAGGCGAAUAAUCAGGUGUAUCAGAAUCAAAACGCGCAGUCCCAAAGAUAUGAGUGGUAUCCACCGGGACCACCUUCACCACAGCGCACUCAACCGCCGGUGGCGCCUAAGCCUAUGUCACAGACCAUACGAAGAUCAGAAGCAGAUAUGGAAGAACAGUAUCACCAACAUAUGCAUCAAAUGCAGCAGAAUUCAGCCGUGCAACCCGAUGAUGAGCGGUACGUAGCGAGCGCUUCAGAGCCUCCCGCGGUGUCGGUGUACCCGGUGGGCGGGGCGGGGGGAGGCGGGGCCCGAGCGCAGCCCCCUCACAACCCCUGGCAGCGCGAGGAGAGGGAGCGGCAGGCGGAGGCGCGCCGCGCGGCCAACCGAGCGCGCAGGGAUGCGACCAUCGCCCAACUGGUGGCUCUGGGCGCGUCUCGCACGCCCGUGCAGAACCAGCAGCUGCGCGCGCUUCAGCUCGAACGAGACUUCGAGCGUCGCGCCACGCAGCACCAAGACGACACCGCUGGAGGAGAGGGAGGUGCCGAGGAGGAAAGUCCCUCCCCAGAACCAGAGCCUGAGAGAGAACCCGAGACCGACGUUCGCCAGCCACCGCCGCCUAAGUCCAUACUCAAGACCAACACUCGAACCGACCUCACUAACGGAUAUACAAUGCAUACAAGCAUCAGCGAGGAGAGUCGCAUGUCGGAAGUGGUGAGCGGCGUGGCGAACGUGUCGCUGUCGAGCGCGGCGGGCGGCCCCGCGGGCGCGCAGCCGCCGCCGCCGCCCGAGCGCGGCUCGUCGUUCGCCGUGAUGGCGGGCCGCCGCCUCGAGCCGCACGCGCACGCGCACGCCGCUCUCGCCGCGCCGCACCAGGAGGGCGCCGCCGCCGCGCCUCCGCAGUCGCCGGUGAGCGGUGCGCGCGACAAGCGCGUGUCGUUCCACGAGCGCGCCGCGGCUGAGCCCUCGUCCCCGGCCGCUACGCCAGGCCCCGCCCCUGGCCACGCCCCCGGCAACGCCGCUGCGCCGCCGGCUCCGCCCGCCUGCUCGCCGCCGCCCCUCGACCCUCCCACCGCCAGGGAGGACCCUGACCGCUUCAUCGAGGAGGCGGAGAGCCUGCUGGCGGGCCCGGCCGCGCCGCCCGCGCCCGCCGCGCACACGCCCGGCGUCAUCGGCGCGCAGGAGGUCUACAGGGACCCGCGCGCGCGGCGGCUGGCGGAGGCGCAGGCGCGCGCGGCGCCCGCGCCCGUGCCCGAGCAGCUGUCCUUCAAGGAGAAGAUGAAGAUGUUCGCGCUGGAGUCGGGCGAGGCCAGCACCCCCAAGGACAAGGUAAAAAUAUCAAGGGCGCAACGGGACAUUGACGCCGUUCAUUAAAUUAUUAUUUUAAAAUUUCCUUUGUAUAUUGCAAUUUGUAAAAUAAUAUUGAAGCAAAUGUUUUCCAAAAUUUUUAUCUUGUAACUGAUACGAUAUACAGUGAUAAUGGAACUACUAAAUCUAUAAUUAUAAUAAAAACAAAAAUAGAUUAUAAAAGUGAUAAUCGCAAGUUAAAAUAUUAUUAUUAUUAAAAUGAUAAUUUACAAAUUAUCAGUAUUACUGCAAAAAUUAUAAAAAGUAGUAAAAGAGAUUAGAUUUUUAUGACAGAUAUGAAUGGCAAAGAUCAUGGACCAGAGAGAACUUAUAUUUUGAAAGUUAUUCCACAAGAAAAUACCAUUUACUAAUAUUGGCACCAAUUUUAUGUCCAACAUAGAUUAAGUCAGGUUUCAUAGAAAUAUAUUUUAUAACAGGGAUUUUGAUUGAUAAUUUAAUGUGUCGCCUUAGCAGCUAGUGCAAUGUUUACAGUGAUUUUAUAGCAUCUAGCGUAUUAUAUAGAAAGUAUUUGAUUGAUUAUAUUCGAAAUUUAGAUAAUUAUAUUUAAUUAAAUUUUGAAAAAAAUAUUGAUGGCACCUUUACUCAUAGCAGCAGAAAAAAUCCAAAUUCGUCGAGUGCCAUUAUUAAGAUAUAAUGUUUAUAUAAUUAUUAUACAUUUUAUAUGUACGACUCUUUCCUCUGAAAGGACCAAUAAUACACUAGAAAACAGCGGGUGCCUUUGUGUUAUAGUAAGUAAUAAAUAUACCAAUGUAGACUUGGAGCGAAAGUUCGGCACGUAUUCUAUAUCUCUCUCACAUAACAUGGUAUUUUACUUUACUAGAUAAACAAUUCUCAUCCAUUUUUUAUAAAUCAAAUAUAUUUUAAACGAUUACAUGAACAUUGUAGAAUAAUAACUGACGUGCUAAAUAUUGCCGAAUAUGCCAUUUGUUGCAAGUCUAGAUGCGUCGUUUCUACAAUGGAGUUUAACAUUCGUGUAAACAUUACAAAACAAGAUUCUUAUUUUAACUUCGUUACAUUCCAAAGAAUUCUUAUCUUCUAUUCUAGAAGCAUUCCUGGUCACAACUUCCUUUACGUUUCACCUUUAUGGAAUAUCAUAUAUCAGUAUCAUAAAACCGAGCAUUAAGUUAAAAUUAAUAAUGCAGCUGGCAGUGAUAAUUUCCUAUUCAAAUUUAAGCAAUAAAAAUGUUGGCCUUCUGUAAAUACAGCUGGUAUAAUCAACUACUUUAAGCACAUUUUGUGCCAAAUUUUUACACUGUCGUUAAAUAUAUAAAUUAUCGGCGAACGCAAUGAAAGGCAGAUUCACAAACUAUAGGUCACAAUUUCACAGUUGCUCUGAAUGUAGGAAGUAGUUGUCGGUAUUGUCUUGUUUAGGCACUAUUUAUUGUAUAUAAUAUAGUUAUUAAGAUACUAUCAUUGUUUUGAGGUUUUUGUACACCGUUGUAUAUGAAAAGUUUAUUUAAAAUACUAUUUUAUCUAAAGUUAAAGUACUUAGUUGUAGAAAGUACGAAGCCUCUACGAAUGUAGUAUUUAGUUUAGAAACUGGGAAACGUGUUCUCUCAGUAUUUCACCCAACGAUAGUCAAUUAGCAAGAGUAAAUAUUUUAUAGAAUUAUUUCGGCUAUAAUGUAUAUAUUUAUACCCAAGAACACUAGAGUUGUAUCCUCUGUUUUUAAAGUGGCCUAUAAAAAUGUCAAAAUAUUGUAACGGAAAUGUUUCUAACAAAAACUGAUUAAAUUGCUGCUGAAAGCAAUUAGUUAUACUACAUUAUGACUAGAAAUUUUAAAAUAAAUAAAUUAACUCCUAA